CUACGCUCAUCUCUGUAAUAGCUGCACCCAUACUCUCCGGUCCUACAGAAUUCUCAUGAAAACUCUGUUCCACCAAGUCCUACUUAUUUUACUUUAUUUCCUUCAUCCUCUUCCACUCAUAUCAGGCUCAGCCAAAACUUUAGUGUCUUUUUUUGAUUUGGUUUGUUUUUAGCUAUUUUUACAUUUUAAUAGCCAUCCUCUUUUUUUUCUUUUUUCUAUUAGGAAUAAGUAGGUGGCAGAGGGACAGAGAGAGAGGGAAAGAGAGAAUCCCAAGCUGGCUCCCUGCUAUCAGCCUGGACCCCCACUUGGGCUCUACCUCCCCAACAAGAGAUCAUGACCUGAGCUGAAAUCCAGAGUUGGAGGCUUAACCCACUGAGCCACGCAGGCACCCCUGACAGUUUUGUUUUUAAGGUUAACAUAUACAAGUCCCAAAAAAGUCUUGGGUGAGGCUCCUCUCUUCACUGUGGUGAAGUUCAGUCAUAUAAGACACUCUACAUGGGAGGCAGUCUCACCCUUUCCACCUCUAGACUACAUUUCCCAGAAGUUCUUUCGGCUCUAAUCAACUUCCGUGGGAACCCAGCAACCUUUUUCUAUUUUUAGGAAAUAUGUGGCUCCCAGGGACUGGCAAGCUCCAUGGAGGAAGCUUAUCUCCAGGAUAUGUGGGCUGUGUCCUGUGGGAGCCUAACCUGGAGACUGAGCGUGGAUCUGGACGGCCCCUUGAUGCGAUAUGGAGAGGGGAGCAAGGAUAUUGGCUUCACCCAGGUUUUUGCGCCUUCAGGAAAUCGAAACACCAGGCGCCAUCUUGUCUGAGCCGACUCCUUCCGGACUACAUUUCCCAGAGGCCUCGCAGGAGCACGGCCGUUCCUUCACUCGCUUGCCCGACCGUCGGCCUCCCGGGAAGGGUAACUGCAAGCUCUGCUCUUCUCAGAUAGGUCCCCAGAGGAAGAAGGAGGAAUGGCUGUUGACCAAGCCAAAUAAAAGGAAAACAGCCCCAAGGAGAACUGAUCCUCUCCUGCAAUACUGAAAGAAAGCCAUGGCCCAGGGCUCAGUGGUGUUCAGUGAUGUGUCUGUAGACUUCUCGCAGGAGGAGUGGGAGUGCCUGGACUCUGGUCAGAGGGACUUGUACAGAGAUGUGAUGUUGGAGAACUAUAGCAAUCUGCUGUCAAUGGGAUUUUACAUUCCUAAGCCUCAAGUCAUCUCCUUAUUGGAACAAGGGAAAGAGCCCUGGAUGGUUGGCAGAGAGCUGACAAAAGGCCUAUGUUCAGAUCUGGAAUCAAUGUGUGAAAACAAGUUAUUAUCUCUGAAGAAGGAAGUUUAUGAAAUAGAAUCAUGCCAGAGGGAGAUAAUGGGACUUACAAAGCAUGGCCUUGAGUACUCCAGUUUUAGAGACAUUUUGGAAUAUAGAAGCCACUUUGAAAAACAACUGGGAUAUCAAAGUGGGCAUUUAAGCCAAGAAAUAUUCACUCAUGAAUACAUGCCCACAUUUAUUCAACAGACAUUUUUUACUCUACAUCAAAUAAUUAAUAAUGAAGAAAAGCCCUAUGAAUGUAAAAAAUGUGGAAAGGUUUUUAGUCAGAAUUCACAAUUUAUUCAACAUCAGAGAAUUCAUAUUGGUGAAAAAUCUUAUGAAUGUAAGGAGUGUGGGAAAUUCUUUAGCUGUGGCUCACAUGUUACUCGACACCUGAAAAUUCAUACUGGUGAAAAACCCUUUGAAUGUAAGGAAUGUGGAAAGGCCUUCAGUUGUAGCUCAUACCUUUCUCAACAUCAGAGAAUUCAUACUGGUAAGAAACCCUAUGAGUGCAAGGAAUGUGGGAAGGCCUUUAGCUAUUGCUCAAAUCUUAUUGACCAUCAGAGAAUUCACACUGGUGAAAAACCCUAUGAAUGUAAAGUAUGUGGGAAAGCCUUUACUAAGAGCUCACAACUUUUCCAACAUGUGAGAAUUCAUACAGGUGAGAAACCCUAUGAAUGUAAGGAAUGUGGCAAAGCUUUUACUCAGAGCUCAAAGCUUGUUCAGCAUCAGAGAAUUCACACUGGUGAAAAACCCUAUGAAUGCAAGGAAUGUGGCAAAGCCUUUAGUAGUGGCUCAGCACUUACUAAUCAUCAGAGAAUUCACACUGGGGAGAAACCCUAUGAUUGUAAGGAAUGUGGGAAAGCUUUUACUCAGAGCUCACAACUUCGUCAACAUCAGAGAAUCCAUGCUGGUGAGAAACCCUUUGAAUGUCUUGAAUGUGGGAAGGCCUUUACUCAGAACUCACAACUUUUUCAACAUCAGAGAAUUCAUACAGAUGAAAAACCAUAUGAAUGUAAUGAAUGUGGAAAGGCCUUUAAUAAAUGCUCAAACCUCACACGACAUCUGAGAAUUCAUAGUGGUGAAAAGCCCUAUAACUGUAAGGAAUGUGGGAAGGCAUUUAGUAGUGGCUCAGAUCUCAUUCGUCAUCAGGGAAUUCACACUGGGGAAAAACCUUAUGUGUGCAAGGAGUGUGGACGAGGCUUUACCUGGAGGUCAAACCUCAUCACACACCAGAGGACACAUUCAGGGGAGAAGCCUUAUGUAUGCGAGGAGUGUGGACGAGGCUUCACCUGGAAGUCAAACCUCAUCACACACCACAGGACACAUUCAGGGGAGAAACCUUAUGUGUGUGAGGAGUGUGGACGAGGCUUUACUUGGAAGUCAAACCUCUUCACACAUCAAAGGACACAUUCAGGGGUCAAGCCUUAUAUGUGCAAGGAAUGUGGGCAGAGUUUUAGCCUGAAGUCAAACCUUAUCACACACCAGAGGGCACACUCUGGGGAGAAGCCUUACGUUUGCAAGGAAUGUGGGCGUGGCUUUCGCCAGCAUUCACAUCUCAUCAGACAUAAGAGGACACAUUCGGGAGAGAAGCCUUAUGUGUGCAGGGAGUGUGAGCAGUGCUUUACCCAGAAGUCACAUCUCAGUAGACACUUAAGGACACACACAGGAGAGAAGCCUUACGCGUGCGCGGAAUGUGGGCGCCGUUUUAGUUGGAAAUCAAACCUCAAGACACACCAGAGGACGCACUCCGGGGUUAAACCUUAUGUGUGCCUGGAGUGUGGGCAGUGCUUUAGCCUGAAGUCAAACCUCAACAAACACCAGAGGUCACACACGGGGGAGAAGCCAUUUGUGUGCAGAGAAUGUGGGCGAGGCUUUACCCGGAAGUCGACUCUUAUCACACACCAGAGGACACACUCAGGGGAAAAGCCAUUUGCGUGCAGGGAGUGUGGACGAGGCUUCAACGAUAAGUCAACCCUCAUCUCACACCAGAGAACACAUUCAGGGGAAAAGCCUUUUGUGUGCAGGGAGUGCGGUAGAAGGUUUAGCCAGAAGCCAAACCUCUUUAGGCACAGGAGGGCACACUCGGGUCAUAUGCCGUUUGUGUGCAAAGAGUGUGGGCAGGGCUUUUGUGAUAAGUUAACUCUCGUCACACACCAGAAGGCACACUCCGGGGGAAGCCUCACGUGUGCAGGGAGUGUGGGCAAGGCUUUAGCCGGCAGUCACACCUCGUUAGACAUCAGAGGAUACAUUCAGGAGAGAAGCCUUACAUUUGUAGGAAGUGUGGGCGAGGCUUUAGUCGGAAAUCAAACCUCAUCAGACAUCAGAGGACACACUCAGGAUAGACACCUUGUGUGUACAGCGAGUGUAGUGAAAUCUUUAGUCAAGAGUCCUAUUUCACAAGAUGCCAGAAGUCACACCUAGUGGUUUUAGUAAGAAGUCAGCCAUUACCAGACACCAAAGUGGAGACAGCUACUUACAUGUGACAGGAAUGUUCACGAGCCCAAUGGGAAGAGUCAACCUCUCCAGUCCACCUGAAGGAGAACUACUGGCUCAUAUUCAGGAGCUCUGGCUUCCCCCAGUGGGGAUGGUGGGUUGUGGAAGAUCAGGUAACUUGAUGGAGGGAGCACUUAGAAGUAGAUUGAAAUAAAGGAAUAGAGACUAUUCUAAUGUCAUUUCCUGAGAAUAUUUAAACCCUCCUUACACAGUAGCCUGGAUGUUAGAGAUAACAGCAAUAAUAGAGCUCGCCCCUUAAAAUCUGUCCGACUUUCUGAGAACAAGGGACUUGACAGAGACCAUUGCUGAUUUUAUCUUGCUUUCCCAGAGCAGGACCCAGCAGCAGUCAGUUUCAGGGAAGUUUGGGAAAUGAUGAAUUCAUGGAGACAGAGGUAGUAUGUGGGUAGAAGAAGGUUUUAUUAUGCAAAAGGGCUUACAAGUGAGAAAGACCAUGACUGUCCUAGCUCUAGGUUUUGGGAGGAAGUAUCCAUUUUUGCUUGCUUCCAGGGGCUGUCUCUGGUUUCCAGGUUGAAUCCAUACUGAAGAUACUCUUAUUUACCGAUGUAUUUAGACUAGAAAUGUAUUAUAUGCUUUUAUGAAGAAAACUGGUAGUAAUUUUUGUGAAUUUGACUUUCAAACCAAAAGUUAGAAUAUUGAAAAACAACUGUCGCCAUGAACUUGACAGCUUUCCACUACUUAGUCUUUUGUGACAAGAUUGCUGAUGAUAUUAAUGAAUGUGAUUUUGUAAUACCAUAUAAUGAAAUACGUAAACAUUUGGAAGAUCUGCCUAACUCACUGAACAAGUAUUUUCCAAAUGAUUAGUGUGUGAUGCUACAAAAUCAUCCAUGGUGAUAUUAAAGUAUAAGAUAGGCAAAUGGAUUUCAGUUUAAAAGAUAAAGGUACCCGGCUGGCUCAGUCAGUAGAGCAUGCAGCUCUUGAUCUUGGAGUUGUGAGUUCGAGCCCCACCUUUAGGGAUAGAGUUUACUUUAAAAAAGAAAAGAAAAACCAAAAACAAAAAUUAAAAUUAAUACCAAUCUUUAA